UCCAGAGCGGAACUUCUGACGUGUCAGACUGUCGCCAUUUUGCUGAGGAAGGAAACGCCUUGAAGAAGGAAGGAGACAUAUCAGCUGUGCUUUUAUUUUUUAUUUUUGCCAAAGUAGGUUCCAAUCACCAGCUGCUAUGGGAGGUGUUUUUUCACAGCUCUUUAGUAGUUUGUUUGGGAAGAAGGAGAUGAGGAUCCUCAUGGUGGGUCUGGAUGCUGCUGGAAAGACAACUAUUUUGUACAAGCUGAAACUUGGAGAGAUUGUGACGACCAUUCCCACAAUAGGCUUUAAUGUGGAGACAGUAGAGUACAAGAAUAUCAGUUUUACAGUAUGGGACGUCGGCGGUCAAGACAAAAUUCGACCGCUGUGGCGUCAUUACUUCCAGAACACACAGGGUCUCAUCUUUGUUGUGGACAGCAACGACAGAGAGCGAAUUGCGGAGGCUCGUGAAGAGCUCAAUAGAAUGGUGUCAGAGGACGAGUUGCGUGACUGCGUGAUAUUAGUGUUAGCCAACAAACAAGACCUUCCAAAUGCAAUGAAUGCAGCAGACCUCACAGACAAGUUGGGUCUUCAUAACUUCCGCAACAAAACCUGGUACAUCCAGGCGACCUGUGCCACCUCAGGGGAUGGCCUCUACGAAGGACUGGAUUGGUUAUCCAGUCAGCUCAAGGGCCAUUAAUAAUCAACAGCUAUCCACAACUGAUCUCCUCCACCCAGUCUCUGACCUUGCUCUCUACUCUGAAGGUGUUGCAAAACUGAGUUAUCCUCUCCAAAAAAGAAGUACUGGAAGCUGCCCUCACCUCAGCUGUUGUUGUCACAAACACACAGGCCAGAGGUGGGGGUGAUCUUUUCUUGUAAAGCUGUCGGGUUUUAUUAUUGUAUUUUAUGUAACUGUAAAUAUACUUGGUAACGGGGCAGCUUUAUUGCACUCUUACAGAUCCUACCGUGGUUAUGUCUCUGUCUGGCUGUUGGGCAGCCAUGUGUGCAUUGAAUAAGAAAAGGGAGGCAAAGAAUAAGAAUUUAACAGCACGUUUGCCCAGGACCUCAAUCUGAUAACAUGUUAUUAUUUGGCCUGAUGUACUGUAGGGAAUGACCCAUGAGAGACUUUUAAUAUUCAAAAAACUGAAUCAAACACUGAUGCACUACUUGCAGCUACUAUGGUUACUUUAGCCAGCGACUAUGUGUACCAGGCCCCCAAAUGACCAUUUUAGUAAACAUUGGCAUUGAUUACGUGUACUCUGUAGAGACAUCACUUUGUCCAAGUUUCCUGUCUGUGAACACUUACCAGCCUUUGUGAUACAGUAUGUUGGUUUAAAUUGAGAAAUGCUGCAACGAUCUCACAUCCAUUUGCUUUAUGGUUGUUUGAAAGACAGUCUGUUGAGUCAGCAUUAGGUUUUUUGUAUUUCUGAGUCUCAGGUUUAUUAUGUGCUGCCUUUGCAAUAUACUUGUUAGCAGAAGUGCAUGAUGUGAUGUGCUGGUCUUUGAGGACAUGCAGGUGUUCACAUCACUGAGUACUUAUUUCAACAGCCCUAUUAGUAACGUGUUUUGUGUACCUGGCUAGGCAUUUGUAACUAAGGGAGUUGCACACUACAGUGGCCCAACUCUCACUAAAGGCUCUAGCAGGUCAAACCUUUUUAUUCAAUUAACGAAUUGGGAAAUGGUGUUUCGAUGGCAAUACAAAAUCAGUUUCAGCUACAUGUUUAACGUAGUGCCAGUAUUUCUUCCUUUGCAGCACACUGUGCUUGGGGUAAACAGGAAGCCAUGCACAUGCCUUCUUAUCCAAGACACGUUGCCUUUUGUUUUCAAGCUUCUUUUCUAAGAGGUGUGGGUGUUUCUUUACUGCUCUGAACAUGUCUAGUGGGUGCAUCAGGCAUUAUUGUUUUUGAUUUAUAACCUAAAUAUUUGAACACCGUGUUUAAUCUCUUCCUAGGUUUGUCUUUUUUAUGUAAAGCUUUUGUUUUGUGAGGAAAUGGCACUGUAAUUAAAGUGACUGGAUUAAAAAAA